AUGUCCAAUAAAUCACAUAUAAAUGAUGACGAUGAAGCACUGGCAAUAACUUCUGACAAACCAAAUCAAUAUGAAAUACGUCCAAUGAAUGAAAUUGAUCUUCCAAUAGUCGUUGAAAUUGAAAAAAUGGUCUGGGGUGAUGCAGCAUGGGAUUUGAGUGAUUUUGAUCAGUAUUUGAAUGGUUCAUUAUCGAGUUGUUGGAUACUUGAAAAUACCAACAGUGCACAACCAAUAGUUGGAUAUGGUUUACAAUCUCUACCAGAUAAUGAAUCACUGGGGGUAGCGCGAGGCAGCCAACAUUGGAGGGGUGUAACGAAAUUUUUUGAAUUUUUGAGUCAAUGGGGACGUGGCUUAGGUGGUAUAAUUUUAUGUCAUAUGAUAAAACAUGCCCGUCUAACUUGCGCUGUGAGAAUGAGUCUUGAAGUUAACACAUCGAAUGAACGUGCAUAUAAACUAUAUUUUAAUCAUGGAUUUCGAAUAUAUAAAGUACUUCCG